CCUUGUUUUAGUGUGCACAUUGUUUUGUUCGAGUGUGCGACAACUUUCAUUUUCAUUGUGCUGCCAUUCCUAACUGACCCUACUGCACUGCGCAACCUUGGCUUGUUACCUAUUUACGGUUAAAAGUUAAAACCUAAGUGAAUUGAAUGAAUAAAGCUUGUUGCAGUUGUUGCCUAAUCUGAGUGAAUACAACUUUAAACUUAUAAUAACAAAAUACCUAAUGUCUGUCUUGGGUCAAUAAAAAGUAAAUAUCUACUACCUUGUUAAAAGUAAAAAGGCAAUCAAGAUAUAAUACCUAUCAAAUUUUUCCUAUGAAUAGUUUACUCAUUUUUGUACACAAAUUAAUAAUAUUGUAAUUGCGCAUUUAGUGUAGUUCAUACCCAUAUAAUAUUCUGACGUGUCGGAUAUCCCACAUUUUAAUAACAAACACGUGACAAAUAAACAACUAAACGAGGAUAAGUACAAUCCGUUAUUUUUGUUCAUUAAACAUAUUAAUUCAUUAAUUUAAAGUACUAUGAUAUCACCACACAUUAUAAUUCCUAAAUGUGUUCAAACGCUUCGAGCUAAAGCCAUCGAGUGCAUGCUUGUUUAGCUUUAUAUAGUUUCUGUGUUUCAAUCAUGAAAAGUUUAAUUUUUAUAUCAAUCGUACGCAUAUUUGUUUUAGCACUAUGUGACGAACAAAACCCAUACUUAGAAGCCCUUCGUGACAAACCUUGGAAAAGCGUUCACAGGUAUGUCGAAGUGCGGCCAGGAGCUUUUCUCUUCUAUUGGUUCUAUUACGCCGAUGGAACUAUGAAUGGCGCUGAACAAAAACCCCUAAUAAUUUGGAUACAGGGUGGCCCAGGAAACACAGCUUCUGGUAUUGGAAACUUUUGUGAAAUUGGUCCUUUAACAAUGGAUAUGACGCCUAGAAAUCAUACUUGGGUGAGAGGAAGAAACGUGUUAUUAAUAGAUCAUCCAGUUGGAACAGGAUUCAGUUACGCCUUAAACAAGUCUCUGUAUGUGAAAACUGACCGAGAUGCAGCAAGAGACCUAUUACGGGCAAUAAAAGUAUUUUUAAAAUUUCACAAGGAAUUUCGCAAAACACCAACUUACAUCAUCGGCCAAAGCUAUGGUGGAAAGUUAAGUGCGAGGUUGGGAUUUUAUCUACAUUUGGCUAUAAAAAAUAAACAUUUAAAAAUGAACUUGAAAGGAAUUGGUAUCGGCAGUGGUUGGAUCGAUACAAAGGAAAGUUCUAUACAACAACCCCGAUAUUUGUAUGACAUGGGUUUGAUCGACAUAAAAACUUACAACAAAGCUAUGAACAUAGCAAAAAAUAUAAGCUAUCUUAUAAGCAUCAGGCAUCACGCUAAAGCAGCUGAGUACGACCACUUGAUGUUCCAAACCUUUAUAAACGAUACGAGCACAGAAAUUAAUUUAGAAAAUAUUAAUAAAUACAGUAAUUAUUGGGCAUUACACGACCUGUCGCUUAAAGUUAACUUAUACGUGAAACCGACGUUGGCUGUGAAUCAAUCUAUUGUUUGGACCUACAUAUCGCAUUCUGCGUAUUAUGGUUUAAAGAACGAUUUUGUUUUACCUGGAACCAAAUUUUUAGAAACCCUGCUGAACCGCACUAAGUUACGAAUUGUUGUGUUUAAUGGAAAUUUAGACGCAGUAACACCUCUCAGUGCCGCAACAAAUUGGGUACAUAACCUAAAAUGGUAUGGAGCAAAAAAAUUCAUGGAGUCUACAAGAAUACCUAUUCGUGGUCAACGAAAUGGAUUCUAUAAAAGCUACGAUAAUUUUAGUUUCUGGGCCGUAUUCGGCUCCGGACAUUGGGUUCCCGAAGACAAUCCUACAGCUAUGGAAGAAAUAUUGGAAUAUUUGACUCGUGCGUAAAUACCUUAAAAUCUUAAAUAGGAUUCCUUUUAAAGAAUCUGUAAACUGUAAUAUUAAAACUAAACGUAUGUAUAAGCUUCAUGUACGUAGUGUAUAUUUUUAUGUAACAUUUUAUAAAUUGAGAAUGUGUAUGAUAAAUAAAACGACAAAUUCAAGUUGUAA